AUGCGACCGGACCGCAGGGAGAAAGUUGGGAAAUCUUCCCCGCGGAUCCCCCCCAUCAGCCUCUCCUCCCUCCCACAGGUGUCUCCGGAGCAGGUGAUCCUGUCCCACAGCCCCCUGAGGCUCUUCAGCCAGUUCCACCACAAGUGCAUGCUGGUGGCCGGGCAGGGGCCUGUGGAGGAGAACGCCCAGAACCUGGGGUUCAAGCAUGUGGUCACCAUAGAGACACUGAGGAAGGCAUAUCCCCUGUUAGACAUGGUAGAUCAGAGCCGGAGGCCAAAGGAGAUGCCUCCUCCAGCCACUGGCUUCCCCACUAUAGAAGGGGUGAUUCUGUUCGGUGAGCCAGUGAGGUGGGAGACAAGCCUACAACUUAUUAUUGAUGUACUCUUGAGUGAUGGGAACCCUGGGGCAGAGCUGCAAGAUAUACCAUACCCCCAUCUGCCUGUCCUUGCCUGCAACAUGGAUCUCCUGUGGAUGGCCGAAGCCAAGAUUCCCAGGUUUGGCCAUGGGACUUUCCUUCUCUGCUUGGAGACCAUCUACAAGAAAGUGACAGGCCGGGAACUGAAGUACGAGGCCUUGAUUGGCAAACCCAGCACAGUCACCUACCGCUAUGCCGAAUACUUGAUAAAACAGCAGGCAGAGAAACAGGGCUGGAAGUCUCCCAUCCGACGCCUCUAUGCAGUUGGGGAUAACCCUAUGUCUGAUAUCUAUGGGGCAAACCUCUACAACAACUACCUCAAGUCAGCUCACCAGAACCAGGCCCAGGCUGGACUGAAGAGGAGCCCGCAGCAAGCCAGUCCCCAAACUGCAGAUCACCUCGAGCUGAGGAAGGACUGCAACAGUUCAGUGGAGAGUUGCGAGUCGAUUCUGGUCUGCACUGGGGUCUACCGCCACAAUGCAGAUGUUCCCAGUAAAACAGAGGAGUGCAUGAUGGAGACAGUGUUCCACGGCCAUCGGGACUUCUGCUUUGACCCCAGCCUGGUGGAGGCAUCUUACAUAGUGCAGGAUGUGAAUGAUGCUGUGGAACUUGCUUUCAAGAAAGAGAACUGGAGCUAG